AUGUCUUCCUCUGCACUUCUCUCUCCUCUCUUCCUCCUCUCCAUCUCUCUCUUCCUCCCGCUCGCCCUUGCAAUCUCCCCAAUCGACUAUUCUUGCCCCUCCGGAACUUUCGCUCCCAAUAGCACUUAUAGCAAAAACUUGAACAACCUCUUGAGUUAUCUCGACUCUGAAACUCCGCUGACCGGGUUUAGUAAUGGCUCGCUAGGCUUGAGCCCGAAUCGGACCUACGGUCUCGCUCUCUGCCGAGGUGACAUCAAUAGCUCAUUCUGCAAAGCCUGUGUUGACCAGGCAAGCAGCGAUAUUCAAAAGAUUUGCCCAUUGAAGAAAGAAGCAGUCGUAUGGUACGAAUUUUGUGAAUUGAGAUACUCUAACCUCAGUUUCUUCGGCCAAAUUGAUAACGGGGAUAAGUUUUACCAGGUGAACCAUAAUGAAUCGAGCAACCCGGUUUCUUUCAAUCAACAGGUCAUAACGUUAUUAAAAUGGUUAAGGGAAGAAGCCAUUAUAAGCCCGAAAUUGUAUGCCAACGGGGCAUUAAUUAGUAUUGAGAACUCGCCGACGGUUUAUGGGGUGGUUCAGUGCACCAGGGAUCUUUCCAGUGCUAAUUGCAACGAGUGUUUAACCGGGGCUAUUAAUUUGGUUCCAAAAUUAGCAUUGGGAAGAGUAGGAGCGAAAAUUUGGAGCGGGAGUUGUAAUGUGCGGUACGAGAUAUACCAAUUUUACACUGCGUAG